AGUGUGUGUGCGCGUGUGUCUGUGUGAGUGUGUGUGUAUGUGUGUGUGUGUGCGUUUGUGUGUAGCUUGCAGUCUGUUCUGAGCUGUGAGUCUUUAAAGUCAUGAAGGUUUUCAGUCCUAAGUGGAUUUGUAGCGAUGGCACUCGCUCUCAUCACUUCCUGCAGCAGAAAGCUUCAGACGCCGCUUUAACGCAGACCUGCAGGCUUCGCCCAAUGAAACACUCACAGAAUCACAACUGCUGCACCUGUGCGCUCACCUGUACGCUCACCUGUGCUCUCAGGGUCACAUGUCUCAGACAAGCACAGCUCGCUGCAGCUGUCAUGUUUCAUCGUUUGAUUAGUUUUAUCACGAAAGUAAAAACCAGCGUCUUUAAAGUCAUCAUCAGACAGGAUGUCUGGACAGCGAUGUUCCUGAACCUGCAGAUGUGCUUUAAUGGAAACUUCACAGAUGUCACAGUUAUCGCUAAUGGCCCUCCCCCAGCUUCUGAUUGGUCAGAUCACAGCACAGUGUCCUUAGUUUUGACGAACCGUGUCCGCUGUCAGGUGGGACGCAGCAGGUGUGUUUGCACUCUCACUGCUUCAGCUGCGUCCUGUCCCUCGAAUGCAGGUCAGGAGCUGCCAUCUCUGAUCACGCUGUGAUGUCAUCAGGUCACAUAGUGAGUGUGUGCGUGCCGCCGUGUCCUGCUUUGCUCUUUGUGACGCUGACCUCACGCUCACGGCCCGCCCACUCACGCCGCUGUGCUUCCAGUGAUAUUAACCCUGCCGCUGUGAAUCCCUCCUCACUGCAUUCUAAUUGGUCCACAGGUUUGGCGGACAGGAGCCGGGGCGUUUAUCACAGCAGCACACCAGGAGGAAGCAGCGAAAGCGUGAACGGAGAAGAUGCACAGGGACCAGGUCAGACCCAUAAAAUCCAUCUGAGCUCCACUCCGAGCCAUCCGUCGUCUUCGCUGGGCUUCACCGGCAGCUCCGCCUCCAGGCUGGGCCAGAUCGCCGUGCGCAGGCCCAGAGGCCCGUUACUGGACGAAGACUCGCGCCACAACGCCUCGGACCCGGCGUUCAGAGGUCGCCCGGGGUCGGCCGACUUCAGCCACAACACGUCCAGCUCCAACUCACCUGUGAGCUGCAGAGAUUUCUCAGAACGCCAGGGCCGCUCUGCCAGCCUCUCCAGUGACGACGUCACAGGUCUCAGCCAAUCACAGCUGACCCUGUCGCGAAGCUCCACCCUUCCAUAUGACCACGCACCCCAGAGGGCCCAGCCACAGCGUGGAGGCGGGGUCAGAAGCAAGACCCGCCCUGCUUCUCCUGGGAGUGAGAUGGUGACGCUGGAAGAGUUCCUGCAGGAGAGCAACCUGCAGUCUCCUCCUGUGGUGUCCACAGGAAGCAGAGAGGACCUGGUGACGGACUAUUUUGCUAGAAGCCCCGCCCCCUCAGCUGUUGCCUGCAGCGAUCAGGCGACGCCCACCAACUACGUCACGCCCACCGUGCAGUCGUCCAAUCAGAGGCCGGGACAGAGUGUGAAGCCCUCGCCCCGUCAGCCCGUGGGCCAGUCGCCGGCCUCGGCUCAGAGAAGCAGCCAAUCACUGAGCAGGACCUUCAGCCUGGCCUCGGCCGACCUGCUGCGCUCCAACGGGCCGGACAGCUUCAGAGGGCACGACGUCUCCCCCGGCCAGGCCGACGCCGUGAUGCGCCGUCAAGGAGGUGGGACCACUGGGAGAGAGCGGCCGCUGUCGGCUCGUUUUACCGCUCUGUCCAACCAGCACGCAGAUGGCAGCUUCCUGAACCCGCCCAUCCACCACUCCGCCUCCCUGAACCUGCAGGCGGAGCGCUACGCGGAGCGAGAGCGGGACCGAGGGUGGAGCGCCACCUCCCGAAACGGCCCUCACCGUGGAGAAAUUGCCAUGGUAACCCCAGUGAGAGCGACGCCUGCCGCGCAGCCUGACGACACCCCCGAGUACGCAGAGGUCCCGAGGGAGGGGCGGUUGGGCGACUCCGCCCACACGAAGAAGGAUGGCGAGAGUGGGAGGUGUGGCUCUGUGGAACGCCCAAAGAGUACGCCGGCGUCACCUGACCCCAACAACGACCCGCAGACGGUGUGGUACGAGUACGGCUGCGUCUAAAUACCGGAGCACCACGCCCUGCAUCCAGCCUCAGAGACAGGAAGUGAGACUGAAGCAACGCCGCCCUUUCACUUCCUGUUAGUAAAUAAGUGGACAGGUGAGGCAGUCACAUGAUCAUCUCUCUGCGGUGGAUGCAGGACUGGAUGGAGCCGAGAUUUUGCUGAUGCCAUGACACUACCAGCGCUCCCCACAGGGGGGCGGGGCUUACCGGAGCGGGACGUUUCCUGAAAACAUCUUUUUUGGAAUCUAUAGUGAUGCCAAGCUGACGCUCCGUCUCUAACACACAGAGAAGACGCUGCUCACCUCCACCCUGCAGCCACCAAAACACAACACUACGAGCGGCCCUGUCUAACUGCUGGACUCUGCAGGACCGCCGCCUGAAUGUACGGGACGCCACAUUCCCCGCCUCCAACAUCACGCCAUACACUGGAAAAGACACAGGAAGGGUGGUGGGGGGGAUAAACAGGACAGGCGGAGAGCCUCCUCCCUUUUAAAUUACAGCCCUGCUCCAUCCAUCUUUAGAUUCUAUCCCAGCAUGCAACGCUCUGACACUUUACUGGAAAUGUUGCUCAACCCAAGCCGACACUAGACACACACACACACACACACACAGAUAGAUAUAAUGAUAGAGACACAGGCUUUGUCUUCGGGGGGGUUUCUGUGGCUUCUCUGCCUGCUCAGCUGGGUUUAAUUCAAACACUCACACACACAGACACACACUGAGGUUUGGAGCCUGUGGCUGACAGUAAAAUCAUUUACGUGUUUCCUCUGAGCUGUAAAAGCCACUGUUUGGUGUUUGUGUGAAUUAUAGAUGGAACACACACACACAGAAACUCACACACACCUCAUUCCCGGAUUCACGCUCGUUUGCUUAAUUGGUGAUUGUCUGUUUGUCUCAGAGGUCACGUGAAUGAUUUUAGUGUUUUUCCCUCUGGCUGAGCUCACAGACACUUCGGAGAGGAAGAGGAGGCACAAUGACUGAAGGUGUGUCUCACACACAGCUGAUGAUAUUUAAUGACUGACCUUUGACCUGCUGUUUCAAAGCACUACAUUAACGAUGAUGAUGAUGGUAGAGAUGAAGAUGUAACACUGGAGUUAUGAAAUGAAGACUGAGCUGAUAUGAGUUAAAUUAUUCCUCCUGGAAUUUGUAUGUGUUUGAUGAUUUUUUUUUUUUUUACUUUACUUUGAAAAUACCAAAUGACUUCCUGUGUGUGUGGCGGCGCUGCAGGUCGAUGAUGUCAUGUUACCUGUGCGUUUGCUCUGUUUGUGUUUGCUGUAAAGUCGACCUGUUCUGCUGGUUACUGCUGCACCUAUGAGAGUGGCUGAGCAUAAGUCUCAGCUCAGAAUAAUGCUUCUGUGUCUGAGCUCUGUCUGAAUCAGGCUGCUUUAGCUCCUCCCUCUGCAAGGGAGGAUUCAUACAUACACAUCAUGCUCAUUUCUCAGCAGCCAAUUAAAUCCUCCGGCUUCAUCACGAGCCAAUCAGAUCACAUUAUAAGAAUAUCUGAGAGCGAGCGAGCUGGCUGUUAGAAAACUUUAUUCUGAUUGGCUGCCCCUCAUAAACAGUUUUAAUGCAGGUGGGUGGGGCCUCUGUGACACCUUUGUGACAUCACUUAGAUCACUUGUGCAUGCAGCAGGUGGGCGACGUAAAGAACAGUUCGACUUUACGGUCUCUUACUUCUUCCUGACUUCCUGUGUGCUCGCCGCGAAGCGUCAUCUUUCAUUAGGAGGAGGAAGUGAAAGAGGAAGUGGCGGCGUCAAUGACGUUCCUGCUGUAACUGGAUUUGCUGUAGUUCACUUUAAGACGAUUUCUGCUGCGGUCGCUGCAGACGCGCUCAGAGGCUGAGAGCAGAAACACGUCAAAGCUUUUUGCUAAUAAAGAUUUUUAACCUUU